AUGUCGGAAUCAAGCAAGAGUGGCACCACAACGAGGACCUCUCUUACAAAGGAGAGACUUCUGAGAAUGAGUACGCCAGAGCGGCGUGCGACGCUGCCGACACCAGACCUGAUUCGUCUUCUAGUGGAACAAUACCUGCAGCUGGCAGCCGACCACAAUAAUGCCGUCGUGAUGUACGAAGGAGAGUACAAACAAGAGAAGCAGAAAAUCUUUGGCGAAGAGGAUAAGACUGUGCGUAAGCGUGCGAUCCCGUGCAUUGAGAUUCUCCAAAGCUCCAAGAAACUCGUGGUCAAACUCAAUAAGGAGAACAUGGGCAAGAUGAAGAAGUUUUUCUUGGGGAACAAAGAUGCCACAGAGAUGCUGCAGGAUUUGGAGCUAGAUGUAAAGGACGUCGAAAAGUAUGCUGCCAUCAUGAAGCAGAAUGUGGACGAGAACAAGUACACUCCACUCUCCACGCCGUGCGCGGUUAGCAUUUGUCCGUUCGAGAGGGUGGCGUAUGCGAAGGCGAUCGGCCCGAUGGUCGCGUACAACAACAUCAUGAUGACAGCAAUGGCGAUCGAGGGCGAGCUGCCGAACCCGCGCAGUCUCAUGGCGCGGGCUCAAGAGAAGAAGCGCGGCAAGGCGGAUAACGGUCCGGUGAUCCAAGAUCAUAUCUCGUUCUUCUCCUCGUCCUCCCCAUCCAGCCCGUCGUCCUCGACAACCUCGGCUGCGUUGGGCAGAGGACGCAAUUGA